UGGGAGGGACUGACGAUGUUGAUUUGGGACUGAGGGUUGUGGAGGGGAACAUUUUGUUUUUGGAGAUGAAACACUAUUGAUUUUUGCCGAGCUGGAGUGUGGGGGCAGCACUGGCCGACGGUCGGGGUGCGGGAACAUUUGAGAGGAGCGAUGUGCAGGACACCAGUGCGCAGACGCCAUUUGCAAUUUAAUGCAACACAUGACAGAAUUUUUACGGUGUCAUUCACAAUAACAAGCGGAUGAUAAUGGCCGGAACAAACGAUUAUUUUGGGUUUGAGAUAUUGAACAAAUUGGUGGAACAGCAGGUGCACAAGAAGGAAGACGUUAUCAUUCUAUUUACUCAUUGGUUUCUUAUCAAGAAUGGAUUCAGGUGCAUUGGGUUAGGGGAUUCGAAAACACUCGACCAAAAUGAAAAAGGAUCGGAACUGCUGCCUGAAGAAUGGAGUCAGAGUAAUCACUACUCUGUCAGGUACCUGAAGGAAGGAAAACUUUAUAUUCUCCUCGGGCGUAAAUCAGACUCAGAUUUGCUCCUCAAUUUUCUGAGGAUCGCCGACAAUUGUUUGUCGACCGUGAAGUUCCCAGUCAACACCACAAUCGCAGAGCUCCAUGGACCUCUCUCGUCCAUGAUUCCACAUCUCCAGGAGACGCAGCAGAAACUCCAGAAGGAGUUGGUUGAUCCAGUGUACGUCGGCAGUGCCAGGGAGAUAUCAACGCAAACAGCAGCAGCUUCACGUGCCCUCCUGGACCGCCGGGACGAUUCAUCUCCUGACGACAUGAUAGAAGUAGCUCGGAGGAUGCAAUGGUCCCCAGAUGCAGACGUUAGAGGGAUUGGAAGAAACGAUCUAGACCCAUUAGGAGGAAUUGGACCAGUGGGAGGAGGUGGAAUGCUCUUCGAUCCAUUGAGGCCAGCAAAUCGAGGACUACCCAAUCCCCUGGGACCACUUCCUGGAGGGCUGGGAGGCCCCGGGAGACUUCCACCAGGGGCCAUUCCACCAGGUGCUCGAUUCGAUCCAUUUGGUCCACCAGAUCUGGUGCAACCGAGGCCACGUCGGCCAAAUCCAGAUCACGAUCAUGAAUUACCAGGAGGCUACGAUCAUAUGUUCAUGUGAAACAGCAACACAUGUUCGAUAAAUGUAAACAUUUUACUUUAUAUUAUUAAAACAGAACUUGUAAGAUUCGUUAGAAAGGUGUAAUUUUUCAAUGUUGAUGCGAUUCACCCCCUCACUUUUGGUUUAUGGUUCUGUAUGAUUAUUUGAUGAAUUUCACGAGCUUUUAAUUAAUAAAGUGAUCGUGACUGAAACGAUUUAGUAAGAAUAUUAUAAUUUAGUAGAAUGUAAGAAGAAUAUUAAAUUCUAAUUAAAUAAGAAUAUAAUAAUUUAGUAGAAUUUAGUGGAGAAACCGAACAAAUUCAUUUUUUUAUCCAAUUCCAGUAGUGAAGUGGAAAAAUCAUUAUUAUUGACCAGCUUUUCGUGAAUAUCUCGGAAUCUAGGGGAGAUAACAAAUUUGUUAUAAUAACCUUUUUUGUGGAGCGAAUCGAGAGCUAUAAAUAAUGUCCUGACAAAAAUUCCGUUAUCUCCCUAAGAUUUGGAGAAAUCGCCAGUGACGUCCCAAAUCAGAUAUUUUCAAUCGCCUCCAAUUCCCAAUUUUUUAAUGACUUGAAAAAAUAUGAAAAAUACGUAUCAAAUAUUUAAUGCUAAUUUCAUAUCCUAGUUCGAAACAUUCUCAUGCAAAACCCCACUAUCUGUGUCACCAGGUAACGAAGCAAACUCCACAAUCAUCACUUUAAUUAUUUAUUACGGUUAUUACGAUAAUUAUUAUUGUUGCCAUCGAUAGUAUAAUCGUAUUACCGGAAAUAUAGAAUAGUAUCGACGUAGUUGGAAAUAUCCUCACGUGAAAGAGCGGUACAUUUCACAUCUGAUCGACAGACAAAAAAUCAAACAAUGAAAAUACGAAAUGAUUUUAUCGCUUUUACCACGUGCAACAUUGCUCCUUGUUUCCUCAAUCUUUUCUUUCUCGCAAUAUUCUCAUAAUUUUAUUAUUUUUUUGAACACAGUCUAGUGUGGCGCACAGCGUCACUGACAAUUUUAUAUAAAAACUUGCUAUUUCAAUCGUAUAUUCAGGUCUGUGGACAAUAAAAAUAGUAGUCAUGGUAUUGGUAUUGAAUUGGAGAGUGAAAAACAAUUUUUUUUCUUUAUUCAAUGAUUACAUGCGAGUCUUCAUAAAAUUGCCAUUGCGCUACCAUUAAAAAUUAUAGAACUUUGGAGUGCAUUAUCUCCGCGAUCACACACUUGAGAUUUUUUUUUCACUUGAUUUUAGUUCAUUUAGUUUAGUUAAUUUUGAAAGUUCGACGUCGACACAUGAACGAAAUAAUUCGAGAGGCCUCGCAGGAAAAUAUUUUCACUGGGGAAAUCCGUCGAACUGAAUUUUUUACGAAAUUCCAUUGAAACAUUUUCGGUAGAAAUGAAUUUUCCGAAUUUUUUUGAUACAGAAAAAAUUGUUAUAGAAAGCACUGACAGAGUAAUUUGCGCAGAAUCACUGAGUAUCAAAUUUUAUUCAGGAAUUCCACAACUUGAAUGGAUUUUUUAAAAAUAAUUGUACAAAAAAUCAACAUAAUUUUAUCUAUCUAAUUAUUUCUACAAAUAAAUUUAUUUAAAAUCC